GGUGCCUCAGCCGUAGUCACUAUCAAUUAAAUUGGAUAAAUGAACAUGUGAAAAAAAAGCCUUUCAAUCCAACGGUUUGAUUAGAGCCAAUGGAGUACCGACUAGCCUAGUUACCUUCAAUCUCAUCUCAGUGUGACCUUGAUUCCUUGAGUGGAAGCAUAGACUUUUCCACGAACCAAUCCUCGAGUUAGGCGUGUUUGUGUGGAAAUUGACUCAAGUCAGUCACUCGGUUGUUAAUGACUCUGUGAAACUGCUGUUGUUGUUUCACCUUGAUUGGUACUCCUUUUUGCUGCCCCCUUCUAUCUUUUAUUUCUAGUCAUCAGAGCAAAUGGUGAUGCCAGAAACCAAAUAGGAGUGGUAAUUGGCAGAGGGCAGUGCAUUUCUCAGCACCAAUUAGCUCAUUAUAAUCAACCAAAAGAAAAAAAAAGAUGGAUCGAAGCUUAUGCCUCUGCCUACUCAUUUGCCUGUUCUUGCAGUGCCCAUUCAGUUAUUCUUGGAAGAGUCUAACAUUUCUUGAUCUGGGUUCCAACUUACUGGAGGGACCAUUACCUGCUUCUCUCUGCAAGUUAGAAAAGCUGCAAUAUCUUCUCCUGUCUGACAACAAACUGACCGGAACAAUACCUCACUGUUUCGGGAACAUCAGCACACAGCUCACGGUGUUGGACUUGCGGAGAAACGGCUUUCAUGGGAUGAUUCCAACAACGUUUCCAGAGGGCAAUCAGCUCAGGAAUCUUGGUCUCAACGGCAAUCAACUAGAAGGGCCCCUGCCACGAUCUUUGAUCAACUGCAAGAGCUUGGAAGUUCUCGACGUUGGACAUAACCAUAUAACUGGUCCAUUCCCUGACUGGCUCGGAACUCUUCCAGAGCUACGUGUUCUGAUUUUGAAAUCGAAUAGAUUGCAAGGUCCAAUUGGAAAUUCAUCGAAUAAAUCAUCAUUCCAGAAGCUCAAGAUCUUGGACAUAUCUUACAAUCAGUUCACCGGCUAUGUACCGGCCAAGAUGCUUGAAAAUUUUCAGGCUAUGAAGAAGAAUGACAGCGAAACGACACAACGUCAAUACAUGGGAGACGGUACAUACUAUUUAGAUUCCGUGACUGUAAUCAUGAAAGGGCUAGAAUACGAAGUAAAGCGGAUCCUCACAGUUUUCACAACCAUUGAUUUGUCUAGAAACCAAUUCGAAGGAAACAUUCCAAAGUCCAUUGGAGGUCUCGAUUCUCUCAGGUUACUCAACUUUUCCCACAACAACUUCAAUGGUUUGAUUCCAACCUCAUUGGGGGACGUGUCUGCACUUGAAUCGUUAGACCUUUCUUUUAACCAACUGGAGGGAAGGAUCCCCCCAGAACUAAAAAAGCUGAACUUUCUUUCAGACUUGAACGUUUCCAAGAAUCAUCUCGAGGGACUAAUUCCUCAAGGUGGGCAGUUUUAUACCUUUCCUAAUUCCUCAUAUACUGGGAACCCCGGAUUAUGUGGUUUCCCACUUAACGAUUGUGGAGAAGAUAAGGGACCCCAGUCAUCUCCAAUGCGGGUAUCUCAUCCCACAGAUUUGUUAGAUCUUACGAGUGGAUUUACGUGGAAACCAGUGCUCUUGGGAUAUUGUUUUGGAAUGAUCCUUGGAGCGGCCGUUGGAUUCCUAAUGUUCUCUACUCGAACCCCAAGAUUGUUCGUUGCUAUGGUUGAAGAUGCAUGCAAACGAUUGAAAAGGCCAAGAAGAGAUCUGUACGUUCCUAUGGCUCAAGAUACGAGUAAACGGUCGAAAAGACCAAGAAAAGAAGCCCUCCGAUAGCGUAAAAAAUUGAUUAAUUAGCUCAACGUUAUAUUGUAUUAGUUUGAUCGUUCAUAUGCAUGUUUAUACUUGCAAUAUUGUGCUUUAAGAACUGUACUUUAGUUUCUUCAUCGGAUUAUUUUACUUGUGAUUUCUGGCUGUCGUUGAAAUAAAUGAGUUAAUUGUCGCCUUCUUUUUCAUUUA